AGCAGCCAUGAACUGACAGUAUUUCAGGAGCCGAGCGUGGAUGGGAUCAGAUGCUGCUGCCGAGUUCUCGAAGCAUGGAUGUUUGCAGAAAGCUUGUAACAAGAAACCUUCAGAGAUCUUCAUAGGACACUUGGUCAGUGGAUGUCCUCAGGCUACUCCUUUCAAGGCAAUGACUACCCUAACACCAUAGACAGCAAUCAGUAGUUCAACAACUAAGAUUAUAAAGGCUUCAAUGGACGAUCGAAAUUCCUUUAAUUCUAAGGAAAGAAUCCUUUUUCUAUAGCCGUAAGAAGAAAAAGGAGCCCCAAGAGCAUAGUGUGAGGAGUCAUAUGGUUAGUGUGUGUAGGUAUCCUCAAGCUUAAAGACUAAGAGAAUAGUCUCAAAUGGACUUGAUCACAUGAUAUUCCAAGAUUGGUGAUCACCUUGCAUCUCGAAGACAUCUUCAUUGGAAGUAUCCAGAUUGUUAAGCUAACCCUUGCCUGGACAAAUUCAUCUGCAAUGUUGACUGCUGUAUGUAGCUCUUUGGGAAACCAACAACCGGAGGCUCCUGGUUCCCCAGCCACCUCUGAGCUCUCCCUGAAGUCAUAUACCAUCCCCUCAGACUCUGAUCCAGGACUUUCUCUUCAGCAAGAGUCACCCCAAGAACCAUCCUAUACUCCUCCUGAGAGAUACACAUCUCUUUCUUCUGUACGAAUUCCCUGUCAAACAUUUGCAGGCCGAGAAUCUGCUGAGAGCGCUUCAUUUACCAAGUUUCUGCACCCAUCCUUUGAGAUGUCUCACCCAUAUGAAUCCUGGAUGAGACCUCCACCCCCAGGGGCUCCUGGUGAAGAGGCUGGUGUUCCUUCAUGGUGGGAUCUCCAUGCUGGCUUCAGUUGGAUGGAUACGCAGCCUGGAACUGGAGGUUUUACUACAACUUCACCCCACCCGGCCACUUUAGGUGUAUAUGGCUCUGAGCUGUGUAUUCCCCCGGCAAACAUGCUCCCUCCUACACCGCAUCUCAUGGGAACAUUGGAAGCCACAAUGGAAUCUCACGCUGUUGAACAAAGUUCAGAUAGUUCCCCUCGUCCCAAAAGUUCCAGGCGAGCAAUGCCACGUAGCUCUGCCCAAACUGCCUGUCGUUGUCCCAACUGCCAGGAAGCAGAACGUGUUGGUACCAGCGGAGAUGUAACAAAGAGAAAAAAUAUGCACAACUGCCACAUCCCAGGCUGUGGGAAAGCAUAUGCCAAAACCUCCCAUCUAAAGGCUCACUUACGCUGGCACAGUGGUGAUCGUCCUUUUGUCUGCAACUGGCUCUUCUGUGGCAAGAGAUUCACCAGAAGUGAUGAGCUGCAAAGACACCUUCAGAGCCAUACUGGAGCAAAAAAAUACCCUUGCCCUUCCUGUAGUCGUGUAUUCAUGAGAAGCGAUCAUCUCACCAAACACAUGAAGACCCAUGAUGGAGAGACCCGGGGGUCCACAGAGGCUUCUAGUAAGGCUAAGAGGGAGCCUGAAGAGAGUACUAGUAGUCAUACAAACUGAGACCCCUUCCCGUCUGAUUGAGAAAGCUCUGUGAUGGUGUGAGGUGUCUUUUCCAACAUGAUGCUUCACUGUACAGUGCUUGAUUUGUGGAGAAGCUCCUAUUACAUGUUAAUUUAUUUGUAGAUAGACUGUUGCUUCUGACAUUACCACAUACUGUUCCUGGAGUAGAGCAAGAGGGGCCAGUACAUGCGUGACGCGGCAUAGGGAAAUCUAGAGAAAUUCUAGGGGCAGAGAAGAGGAGAUCAGCUGAUAUUAAAUGGGAAAGGAGAAUCCUUAGGGCUUGUAGUUCUGCAAUAUUAGAUGAUCGCAGGGUGCCUAAAAUAGUUUUGAAGAUCGGAUAAAGCAUUUCACCUUAAGAAAAAAAAUUAAAGAAGGCUGUGCACAGAGUAUUAUAUCUUUUUCAUGGGCUUCACUUUAACUCUUUCGUUUUUUCCAGAGUUCAUGGAUUACAGGGAACACCCACUGUGAGGGGCUGCCCCUCCCGCAGAGUCUCCUCAUGUUAUGGGGGAAUGUCUCUAUAAAACUGGGUGUGGAGGGAUAUGGGCAGAGAACACCUCCACACCCAGUGAAGCAGCGGCACGCACUGGCUGCACCCAGGGGACCUGUAGGGUGCUUUAUUAACCCCUUCCAUGCUAUUAGUUGGCUAGUCACUGUUUGGAACCCAGGUGAUCUGUAAGCAGUUUAAUUAAUCAAAUGGUGCGUUCAUUUUUUGUUUCUGCCAUGGACUUUGCUUGCUUCAAUUUCUGCAUAUGUGACAACAUUGCUCCUAAACAUAUUUGCCAAUGUACAAUUGUCUUCAUUAUGUGCAUCAGGCUUUCUAUGGGUUAAAAGAUGUUCUCUUUGUUAUUGCGACCCUGAAGGGCUGUCAUUACCUUAAAAAGGGGUCUACACGAUGCCAAUUGAUUAUUAGAAAAGUAAUUCACAGUUACGGCAACCCUUAAAAGCUGCUCCAUGAAUUUGUUCGACAUGCCAUUGCAGGUCAAAUCUUAGAUUUCUUAUCAUUUUGGCUCAGUCUCCUGUCCAGCCUUUGCAGGUUUAUAUUAUUUAUUAGAACCAGUCCAGUGGGACGGCCAGUAACUAAUCAUAUGUACUUUAUUAUGAUUGACAUGUGACUUGAAUGAAUUCCGCUCAUAACAAUGUGACAUGUUCAAACUUGAUUUACUACCCAGAAGGAGCUGAUGUUGGACCCAUUGUAGUUCAUCGCAUUGUAAAUAGGCUAUAUUUAUAGGUAGUUUGGCGCUUUUAAGUUAAAAACACAAACACUUCUCCUCUUUUUAAAAUCCCUACUUUCAGAAGGGUCUCUUGACAAUAAGAUGAGCACAAAGUGUCCUGCUGCUGGAAACUCCCGACAAUCAGCAGUAAUCUUUGGGAAACUCGCCUGUAAGUAUUCAACCUCUUUGUAGCGCCACCACAGGGCAAACUAAGAAUUACACAGGGCCUAUUCAGAUCGGUGCGCGGUCUGCAUAAUGCUGGAGGGAACGUCUCCUUCCCAGUGAGAUGUUCUCUUUGUAUACUACGAGCCACGACAUGAGAAUCCUAAACAGGGGGCCCUCCUUCUAUUAAAGAGGACCUGUCACCACUAAAUGCAGUGCAAUCUGCAGGCAACAUGUUAUAGAGCAGGAGGAGCUGAGCAGAUUGAUAGUUUUUGGGAGAAAAAAAUUCACAAUAACUUGGUAUUUCAUUCAUUUAACUCUCUGCAGUAUCUGACUUCACUUGUGCACGCAGGUCAUUUUACCAACUGUCCCGGAUUUCAGUGGCUGUCCCGGGCAGGGGAGGUAUGUCCCGCUUUCAGCUGUCUUUGCUUCCAUAGGACGCAGAGACAGCUGAUUAUAAGCUCUCCGCUCCCCACUUCACCAUUUACCUGAGCUGCCCCUCCCCCACUUUCCACUUGCUUGCAGCGUUUUGGUGUCCGCCUGACGAUGCGGAGCCAAACGGAUUAGCAGUGGAGAGAACAUACUGCGACUGAUUUAAUGUAAGAGGCUGAGAGCCUGGGAUAUGCUGGGGGCUGUAGUUCUCCUGCUUGGAGGGAGGGAGUGAUUAUUUGCCUAGCACCAUAGCUUUGAAGUGAGGGGAGUGAUGUUAUCUACAUGGGACUGUAUGUUGGAGGGGGCUGGAGGGAGGGGAUGAUGAUAUUUACAUGGGACUGUACAUUGGAAUAGGCUGAAGAUAGAUAGUGAUGUUAUGUACAUGGGACUGUAUGUUGGAGGGGCUGAAAGGAGGGGAGCGAUGUUAUUUAGCGAGCCUAUAGGUAGUGUUGAGCGAACUUCUGCUUUCAAGUUCAGCGUACAAGAUUCGGGUUAUCUAAGAAUUCCGUUACGACAGACUACAACUUAUGGUCCGUGGUAUCGGAAUCCAUAACGGAAUUCUUAGAUAAUCCGAGCUCGAACCUUGUAUGUCAAACUUGAAAACAGAAGUUCGCUCAUCACUAUCUAUACGCGAAAAAUGGCGGUGUGAGGGCAGUUUAAAGAGGACCUUUCACCUGGAUAU